UUAAUGAUUUUGGUUGAAGUUUUAGAUUAGAAAGAAGAUUUGAGCGGUAACUUUAAAGGUGCCAAAUACUUAAUUUUCGAGUUUCUCCUACAGCAGCUCAUAGAUCAACGGAUAGACUUGUAGAGAGGAGCUCCACUUCAUAAUCAGAUGCUUAGGUUCGUCUCUUCUAAAUUAUUCUUAUUCUUCUCAGGUCUGCUCCUUUAUUAUCAUCUUUGCAUGUAGUUGAACUGAAAUAAUUUCUCAAAAUUUGCUAGUGCUUAUGGUAUUCGAAAUUAGGUGUCUCUUUCAAAGUUUUUCGAAUUAUUUUGAUGGCACAUCCAGUGCAUGCUGAGCUAAAAGAUUUAGUAAGAUCCCUCCCGAUUGAGAGCAUUGUGAGGGAGGAGAACAGAGAGAGUAUUGGAGGUCAGGCCUUUACAUGUAACAGUGUAUUUUCUCCAGCCCCAACCUCUGCACCUAAGCCUACUCGGUCUCCAGAAAUUCCCUCUGUAACCACAGAAGCUCCGGUCGUAGAAAUCCAAGAAGUGCAGUACAAGAACCCUAUCAUAGACAAAAUCGACACUGAAGUAGACAUUUUUCAGUACAAGCCUGAAACCCAAGUGUAUAAGGAAUGGCGAGAGGCAAUCUUUAGAAGUCCGAUUACUUCUGACAAGUUUGAGAAGGCCAGACUCCGGCGUGAAUAUUCAUAUAUGAAAGCAAUCCAGAGCGUUUUGAACAUCAAAUCAGGACAUUUAAUCAGAUUUUUGAACUAUAUCUCCGACAGCACCUCUGCAGCAACUCGACAAGGUGGGAAGAUUGAGAAGAAAUUUAGAGCUAUGGUGGGCCAGUUUCCUAAAAUCCGGUAUGCCAAUGAUGACACCCUCCAGCUAGAGGAGAAACUUGAUAGAUUAGAGAAAGAUCUUAAGCAGGAAAUCUACCCAGGAAUUCAAUUUGAGAACGCUAAGGAUGUCCAAAUGGCAAUCCAUCAUUUAGAGUAUAAAUAUGGUUACAAACUAAGACAGAAAGUAUUCGGGAUUUAUUUAGGCAUUUUUUGGUUCAUCUGUCCUAUGAGCAAGCGAGAGUGUCCAUUUGAGAUGAAGUUUACUCGUAAGAACGUCAACCAGUUGAUUGUACUUGAGAGAUCUUGUUUUAAACAUAACCAUGACCCAUGGAACCAUGAUAAGGAUGCUAUUCCUCCUCUUGAUAUGAAGAUAAUCGAGAAAAUCAAAAAUAAUGAGGAUAUUUUUGAUAUUUCUCUGAUUAAGGAACCCUCAGUAAUCCAGAAAAUACUUGCUGGGGAAUCUCGCAAACAGUACAUCGAGAUCAUUGACGAUUCUCCGAAGAAACAGAAGACUAAGAACGAAGAUUGUGUGAUUGUAUCCCCUCCUUUUAUAGUCAAGAAAGUGAAAGAGUGACAAGAACCAGUUGUUUUAGAUCUCACUUCGAGACUGAUAGAGAGAGUUACUAAAAGGAAGAAUGCACAUAAAGAAGCUGCCCAGGUAAAGGAUUUGACUCUCCCAACAGAGCUUAUCAGUGAGCUCCGUCUGAAGUCAAUUCAUGGUGAAGGCAAGAAGAAUCUGGUCAGCUAUGCUCUUCAGAAGGUGAUUCCUGAUCGAGACCCAACAAGUGCUGAAAAGAGCAAGAUCAGAAGUUCCGUGAUCGGUAUCAUCAGUGAUGCCAAUACAAAGCAUAUGUCAGGUUUUCAUCUUGAGAAUUUGAAGAACAUGAUAUCUACCAAAUUCAAUGAGAAGGUUGAAUGUAUUGACAUUCCUUCGAAUAAUACCUCAAAUGUGCUGAUUGGUAUCAUAGCAAAGAUAAAGGUUGACUCAAGUGUGACACCUUAUCUAGUCCCAGGUCAUUUUAUGGUGACUAACAACAUCUCACUGAAGACCAUUUUUAAGGCAGAGACCAUCAUAUUUUACCAACUUGACAAAUUCCAAGGAUUACAGAUGAAGUAUGUGGUCAUCCUGCAAAAAUUUGAUAAUCUGGCAUUCAUGCAUCUCCUACAAAUCCUGAAGCGUGAAGAAGAGUUUAAGUUCUUCUUGUGAGAUCACCACGGACCAAUCUUGGCUUGAAUCAAAGACAUGCAGACCUUAAACCCUGAGAUCAAAUACAGAAUCUCGAAAGAAGUAAUCAUGGAUGAGUUCUACAAACAUGUGGGGCUCCAGAAGGAUAUCAUCCUCAAAGCAUUCAUCGCGAAGAUAAAGACAUUCCUUAGCUCAAAAGAUUACGACGCUUUACUCAAAUUUUUGAAUUCAGAUUUUAAGGCACAAUUAGAGACAAAAGCGAAGGAAGAUUCUAAAUCCAGAAAAAUCUUUACAUUUCUGAUCGAGAACUUUACCGACUUGUUUAGGAAUCUCGAUAGAAGGAAUGAAGUGGGGUUCUUCCCCAAGAACAUCUUCUCAAAGUACUACGCUUGGGUUAGGGAAACCUCUCAGAGCACGAACAAAGACUUUUGACAAUCUUUCAAGUUCCUUUUAGAGGAUACCAGCCUGAAUACCUUCCUUGAGAAGGGUUGCUUACGAGAUGUGAUCGGAUACCGAGCCGAGACGAUCCAGAAGUUGUUCACUGAGAGCGGGUCGUUACUCAAUACAGAACAGUACACUGGGCAGCGCCUGGAAGAGACUAUUCUCAUCCUCGAGCUGAUCAGCAAGUAUUCCCCAAGUGUCACUCGAAAGAUCAUGCAAUCCUAUAUAAUCUCUGAGCAUUGAAAAGUGAUUAUCCCGAAUGUAUUUGAAGAAAUCAAGCAGAUCAUGGAAGCUGAAGAGCGAGGCAAAGCCCUACAGAUGAAGACUGAAAUCCUGGUGCUAGAGCAUGACUAUAAGAAGAACGGCAUGCUUGUAGAGUUUAAGCUCAACCCACAGACUUUGAAGUGAAGCUGAGGCAGGCUCAGCCUCACUGGCAUCACCUGCUGCCAUGUGAUAGCUUACCUUCUCAAAGGCAUUAAUCUCAAGAUCUUGGAAGUACUCAGGAACGGAUACCUAAUUUCUCAAAUUUGGGAAAUAGACAACCAGGAAAAGAUAGCAGCAAAGUAUCUUUUGUGAAUUUAA